AUGUUUAAGGUUAUUCGAAGUCACCCCUUUGCCUCUACGAUCAAGUGUUUUAAAUCGGGAUCACUAUUGGUUUACAAUGCACAACAAAAGAGAGCUUUGAGCAUUCAUGAGUACCUUUCGGUCGACCUGUUAAGUAAAUAUGGUAUCGGUGUUCCCCGCGGCUCUGUCGCAACGUCAGGGAUAGAAGCUGAAGCCGUCGCCAAACAAAUCGGCAGCAAUGAUAUGGUCAUCAAAGCUCAAGUCUUAGCAGGCGGGAGAGGCAAAGGAACGUUCGACAGCGGGUUCAAGGGAGGUGUACGCUUGAUCUACUCUCCUGCCGAGGCCAAAACACUGGCGGAACAAAUGAUUGGUCAUAAACUUAUCACAAAGCAAACUGGAGCCGCUGGCCGUCUCUGUAACUCUGUUUUAAUAUGCGAGCGCAAAUUUGUUCGUCGAGAAUUUUAUCUCGCUAUCCUCAUGGACCGAGCAUCUCAAGCUCCGGUGAUCGUAUCCUCAUCUCAGGGAGGGAUGGAUAUCGAAGCUGUUGCAAAAGAAAACCCUAGCGCAAUAACCACCACUUACAUUAAUAUCCACCAAGGUGUAACCGAUGAAAUUGCUCGAAAAAUUGCCAAAGAUCUGGGCUUCAGCCAACAGUGUGUAGAGGAUGCUAGAGACACUAUUCAAAAAUUGUAUAAAAUUUUUAUGGAGAAAGAUGCAACUCAGAUCGAAAUUAACCCUCUAUCCGAAACUUCCGAUUACAAAGUUUUAGCAAUGGAUGCGAAGCUUGGUUUUGACGAUAACGCUGGAUUUCGUCAGGAGAAAAUAUUUUCCCUGAGAGAUACGACCCAAGAAGAUCCAGAUGAAGUACGCGCUGCCGAGUCGGGGCUCAAUUUUAUCAAACUAGGCGGAGACAUUGGAUGUUUGGUCAAUGGUGCCGGUCUUGCAAUGGCUACAAUGGACAUCAUCAAGCUGAACGGAGGCGAGCCUGCAAAUUUCCUCGAUGUUGGUGGCGGUGCAACACCAGAUGCCAUUCGCGAAGCAUUCACUCUCAUUACCAGCGACUCUAAAGUAUCAGCUAUAUUUGUUAAUAUUUUCGGAGGAAUUGUAAGAUGUGACGCUAUUGCCGAAGGACUUAUAAGUGUGGUUGAAAGUAUGAACCUUCGCGUUCCAAUCAUCGCUCGUCUUCAGGGUACAAAUAUGGAAGCUGCUCAUAAGUUAAUUGUCGAAUCGGGAUUGAAAAUAUUUUCUAUCGACGAUUUACAAAGUGCUGCCGAGAAGGCUGUGCAGCUAUCAAAAGUUGUUAAGAUGGCGCGUGAUAUCGAUGUUGGUGUUGAGUUUACUCUUGGUAUUUAG